GGAUUCCACCACCCUCUUCAUUUCAGUUCUUUCCUUCUCCUCCCUUCUUUCUUCUUUUCUUUAUUUCACUCUCCGUGUUAUAGAAAGAAAAGGAAGGAAAGCUAGGAGAAAGAAAUAUUCAUGGCUCGAGGAAAGAUCCAGAUCAAGCUGAUAGAGAACGCAACCAACAGGCAGGUCACGUAUUCGAAGAGAAGGAACGGUCUCUUCAAAAAGGCUAAUGAACUUACCGUUCUUUGCGAUGCAAGAGCUUCUAUCAUCAUGUUUUCCAGCACUGGGAAACUCCACGAGUUUAUCAGCCCUUCCACCUCAACGAAGCAAAUAUAUGAUCAGUACCAGAAGGUGUUGGGGGUCGAUCUCUGGACCACUCACUAUGAGAAAAUGCAAGAGCAGCUGAAGAAGCUGAAAGAGGUUAACAGGAAUCUGCGCAAAGAGAUUAGGCAGAGGAUGGGUGACUGUCUGAAUGAUGUGAGCUUUGAGGAUCUUCAAGCUUUGGAGCAAGAGAUGGAAACCUCUGUCAAGCUUAUUCGUGACCGAAAGUAUCGUGUUAUCAGCAAUCAGAUCGAUACUUCCAGGAAAAAGGUGAGGAAUGUGGAAGAGAUACACAGAAAUCUGUUACAUGAACUGGAUGCAAUCAAAGAAGAUCCAUACGGGUUAGUUGAUAACGGAGUGGAUUACGAUACCAUUAUCGGAUACCAAAACGGAGGCCCUCGCAUAUUUGCUUUACGCCUGCAGCCGAACCAUCCCAAUCUUCACAGCGGAGGAGUCGGAUCUCACGACCUAUCCCUUGCUGGAGUAGCAUAUCCAUCUAUUCCAUGACUCCAUUAUAUCUCUCUAAGCUAAGGUCAUGCAGUGUUAUUCCUAGACAUUCCUCUUGGCUAAUAUUUGUUGCUAUCAAAAGCAAAAAUGGUGUGUAUUAUUACUAUAAUUCUGUUUAAAUUAUUAUGCGAAUUUCAUGUUUGGUAUUUGUAUCUUUGUUACCAGAGAUUACAUACUCAUUUGUGAUUUGUGGAAGACCUUGCUUAUAAUAUUUUCUGUU